AGGGCAAGUUUUUCUUCCCAUACUGUACGUCUUUCACUGAUGAUAAUAAUCAGUCGGAAACUGACUCUACACAUUCGACAGAAUGUAUCGAAACUGUUGACCAACCUUCCAAAAAAUCAGUAAAAUGGGAACUACGCUCUUCCAAUGCGAACAAAAAGAUUUCUGACUUGGCAUCAACCAACUUAAAUCUUCCAACUUUUGAAGAUCAAAAGUAA